UAUACAUAUAAUCGCAUCAUCCUCCCUCUCCCACUCUCUGUGUCGCCAUGGGAACCAAGUACUUCCUUGUUUAUCUUCUGUCUGGUUCCAUGGUGGUUAUUUCUUAUGCCUUCUUCUCCACCAUUACAACAGCCAAAAAAACUUCAGGCGUUCUGGGCGUCAAUGAAUUUCUCAAGUCUACUGAAAACCAACAGAUUGAUGGGUUCAGUUCCACGCACAGUGAGACCGCCCGAGUUUGGCCGAAAUUGCAAUUUAGCUGGAGGGUAGUGGUCGUUACCGUGAUAGGUUUCCUUGGAUCCGCUUUGGGAACAGUUGGUGGUGUUAGUGGAGGUGGCAUCUUUGUUCCAAUGUUCAAUUUGAUCCUUGGUUUUGAUGCUAAAUCUGCUGCUGCUCUCUCUAAAUGUAUGAUCAUGGGAGCAUCAGCUUCAUCAGUAUGGUACAACCUGACGGUUCCCCACCCCUGUAGAGAUGUACCCAUCUUGGACUAUGAUUUAGCUCUCCUCUUCCAACCCAUGCUCAUGUUGGGAAUAACAAUCGGCGUGGCCCUCAGUGUGGUCUUCCCUUAUUGGCUCAUAACUGUACUGAUUAUCAUACUCUUUACUGGUACGUCCUCAAGGGCUUUCUGCAAAGCAAUACAGAUGUGGAAUCAGGAAACGAUUAUGAAGGCUGAAGCCAACUUGAGGGAACCUCUCACCAAGCCUGAGACAGGUGUUCAAAUUGGUGACGAGUCUCAGCAGCUGGUAGUGCCACAUGUGAAGAACGACUUGGAAAUAAUAUGCUUCAACAUAAGGUUGAAAGGGCUACUCGUUCUGAUGGUUGUCUGGAUUUCGUUUCUUUUGAUACAGAUAACCAAGAAUAAUUUAAGGGAGUGUAGUCCUCUAUAUUGGGCAUUCUACAUCCUGCAGUUUCCAUUGGCACUCUCUGUGUUCAUAUAUGAAGCUGCAAAACUGUGGAAGGAGGAUAGGCAAAGAAGGAAAUGUGGGAAUGAAGAGCCUGUAUGUGAAGCUUCUAUUGAAUGGACUCCAUUCCAGUUGAUUUUCUGUGCAUUCUGUGCUACCCUUGGGGGCACAGUUGGUGGGCUGUUGGGCUCUGGUGCUGGAUUCAUAAUGGGACCCCUUCUACUCGAACUUGGUGUUAUACCACAGGUUGCUAGUGCAACGGCAGCGUUUGCUAUGAUGUUCUCUUCAUCACUCUCUGUCAUGGAACUCUAUUUCCUCAAAAGAUUUCCAAUCCCCUAUGCACUCUAUCUUACAGGGGUAUCAAUUAUUGCUGGUUUCUUUGGGCAAUACUUUGUAUGGAAGCUUGUGGCUGCUCUUGGGAGGGCUUCUAUCAUAAUUUUCAUUUUAUCAUCUGUCAUUUUCGCAAGCGCACUCACAAUGGGCAUCGUUGGCAUUGACAAGAGUAUUGUGAUGAUCCAGAAUCAUGAAUACAUGGGAUUUUUGAGCUUCUGUAGUAGCUCCUAGGAGGCGCAGCAGCAACCUCGUGUCUUUGGAUACCAUACGGAUUUAGUUUGUGGUUAAUGCAGGAUAUGGUCAAGUGAUUAUUGACCAUCCUGGUAAUUUGAAUUAAGACUUCGUAAUUUAUUCUUGUGGGGAUUAGGGAUAUAUAUAUAUAUAUAUAUAUUACAUGGCUGAUCUUCUUCGCCAUUUUAAGUUUGCCAUAUAGAUUUAGUUAAUUGACCUGGCUGCAGGUUCUUGAAUGAGGCUCUUGGUAUAUGAUUCAAAUAUUCAUUCUUCUGGGGCUUGGUUGCAUGCGUCUAGUUGACCUCCUUCCCCACCUCAUAUUGCAAACAAGCUUUGUUUGAUUAUGCAGUCUGUACUUUGGUAGUUUAAUAAGCUUCUUUUAUUUUUGUCAACAAAAGCAAAUUGUGCAAGAUGAAUAGUAGAACAUGGAUUUUGUCAUUUAGUCAAUCAAGUGCUAUAAAUGCCAGAUUCAUCGCUUGUGUCUUCA